AUGAGUGACGCCGACGACAAUACACCGGCACCGCAAACGCAAGUGUCAAACAACUCCAACAACAUGGCGGUUCCACCCGGAAUUAUGGAGGGUAAGAGAAACUGCCUUACGCUGCCGCCAGAGGUCGAAGACAGGAACCAAGCAACGGGAUUACCAGACUUCGACAAGGUCACAUUAUUGCGAUUCAAAGACGUUCUCUCGUCCGCGGACGAGUAUGAUGGGUUCAAAGCACGUGUUGAGAUGACACUACAAUCUGCGGGAUUGUUGAAUCUCAUUGAUCGCACAAAGAACGACCCUGAACAAACAGACCCAAAUGCCAUGAAUUGGUUCAAAUUGUCCAAGAUGGUAGCCUCGUGGCUGUGUACAAACAUGACGCAGAAGAUCUUCCAGAACUGCAAGACAACAGGGCAACGCAUGCUGCUCACCGCAGAGGUGUGGGCAGUCCUACAGGCCCGCCUGAGCGUUGCCCUCCUUAGCGCGACGAUUAUGAUGGAACCUUCAUUUGAAGGUUGA